AAAGAAUUGUUUGAAGAAAAAAGAUUCUCCAGUUUCAGAGAUUUUUAAGGUUAUUUUUUCCCUAGAUUAAUUGUAUUGUAGCAUUGAGUGCAAUCAGAAUCCAUAGGUGAUAUAUUUAUAAUUGUGUUUACAUUAUUUUGAGUCUUUUAUCAUUAACAGUCAGUUUGAACUUGAACCAAUAUGACUAAGAACCACAAAGCAGUAAGCUGAAUAUUGUAUAGUAUACUUAACAUAGAGAUUUUACAUGAACAUUAUUUUUACUUAUUUAAGCCAAUGUCUAGCCCUUUUGCUUUAGAAGUCAUAACACUAAGAAGAGAAUUUCAAAUGUGAAAGCUCCAAAUUUGUUGGUUUUCCUGAAAUUUAAAGUGAAAGUCAUCAGUGGAAGCUGUGGAUCUACUUUCAAGAAAGACCCUAGAAAGGUGUCUAUUAUGCCCACCUGUACAAGAACCCAGGAGAUGAUGAGCCAUUAAUGUAGAAUAAGAUCUGGCUCUAAAGAAAGAGGCUCACUGGCCCAUUCAUCAAACUUGAGAGAUGUUGAAAAUUAAACAUCCCCAGUUCAUCCAUGAGCUCGGAUUUCCCACAUUACAAUUUCAGGAUGCCUAAUAUUGGAUUCCAGAAUCUGCCUCUCAACAUAUAUAUUGUGGUUUUUGGCACUGCUAUAUUUGUCUUCAUCCUUAGUUUACUCUUCUGUUGCUACUUGAUUAGGCUAAGACAUCAAGCACACAAAGAAUUUUAUGCCUACAAACAGGUUAUAUUAAAAGAGAAAGUAAAAGAACUGAAUUUACAUGAGCUCUGUGCAGUGUGUCUAGAAGACUUCAAGCCUCGAGAUGAGUUGGGCAUUUGUCCAUGUAAGCAUGCCUUUCACAGAAAGUGCCUUAUUAAGUGGCUCGAGGUUCGUAAAGUAUGUCCACUGUGCAACAUGCCAGUUCUGCAGCUGGCCCAGCUGCACAGUAAGCAGGACCGUGGACCCCCGCAGGGGCCCCUGCCCGGGGCAGAGAACAUCGUAUAGCUCCCCCAAGGACCAAACUGCUGUGGGAUCCGACAUCCAUAUGGAGCCAGGAGGAACACAAGCGGUCUCUGCGUUGGCUGCUCUACCUGGGGCACCAGCUGCCACUUCCUUUGCCUCAUGAAGAACUCGGGCCAGCUACGCUGGGAAGCCAGACUGCUGGGUCUUGUGACAACCAAAGCACGCUGACACUACCCCAUGCCAAGAGAAGAGGAGUGGAUGAUGGAUAAGCCUUCCGGUUACGUUCAAGAAAUUUCAUGAGGGUCUCUUGCUGACGCCAUUACUCUGUCUCCCAGAUACUUUUCUCCAUGUCAAGGUGAAUCUUUAUCAAGCAGAAGGGAAGAUAGGAUUGUUAGAGAAGGGAACUGAGGGCAGGUGUUUAAAGCCCCCCCCGCCCCCCCCCCACCCUGUGGACAGAUAAGCUUCUAUGCAGACCGUGCAUGCUUUUGCAGCAGCAGACCCUCCUGGCAGUCCCUGAGCCAAGUAAAACCAGCGGUUACCUCAGUUGAAGCCCGACUGGUUGCCAGUGAUUGGUGAGGCAGUGCCAACAAGGCUUUUCACAUUAUGUUCCUUUGAUAAGGUCAUCUUGGAACCCAGGGGCUUUGGUUACCACAGAGCAGCAGUGCCCCCUCGCCACUCCUUCUCCCUCAAGUUCAUGACACUUGCUUAUCAAAUCAUCUAAACACAUUAGAUGCGCUUGGAAAGGCUUGGUCAGAAGUCAUUUCCUCUUAUUCUUGCCCGCCCCCCCAAACUCCCCAGUGAAGCCCAGCCAGGCCGCCCGUCUGGAGCCCCAGCAGGGGAUGUGCUGUCUGUGUGUGACCCAGGGAGCCUCAGGGUGCUGCCUACCCCCAUACAGUGGGGUUCCAGUGCAGCUGCUGGUCUUAGCCCACUGCCUCAGUAAGGAGCUGCUGUGAGCCUCUCAGAUGGCUCCCAAGGGGAGCUUCUUCCUGAGAAUGGCCAGUCUUCCCGGCCCUGCUGAGACG